AUGCCUGCGUCCGUUGCAAUCGUGACUGGCGGCGCCGGCGACAUCGGCCAGGCCAUCGCCCGCAGGCUUAGCGACUCCCACGACCGGGUGGUGAUCCUCGACCACGACGGCAGCAGACUCGACGCAGCCCUCGCAGCCCUCGCCAGCGACAAGUUCGAGCGCUGUCUCUGCGACAUCACCGACAGCUCGCAGGUAGCCGGCCUGCCUCGCCGCAUCUUCGGCCCAGAGGAGGACGCAGGCCCGGACGGCGGCGCUGCUGCGGUGCUGCGGACGCUGGUCAACAACGCCGGCGGCUCAGCAGCCUACAGCCUCCACGAGACCUCGCCGCAGGCCUGGCAGCGCGAGACGGCCCUCAACCUCGACGCAGCGUUCCUCUGCUUCAACGCCUUCGAGGCUCACCUCAAACGCUCGCGCGGCUCCGUCGUCAACAUCGCCUCCGUCAACGGGCUGGCCGUCUACGGGAACCCGGCCUACAGUGCCGCAAAGGCCGGCCUCGUCCACCUCACAAGGUCCAUCGCCGUGGAGUACGGCCGCUUCGGCAUUCGAGCCAACGCAGUCGCCCCUGGCACCGUCCGGACCGCCGCCUGGACCGCCAGACAGCAGGCCAACCCGCAGGUCUUCCGUGAUGUCGCGCAGUGGUACCCGCUCAACCGCAUCGUCGACCCGGAGGACGUGGCUCAUGCUGUGGCUUUCCUCGCCAGCGAGCACGCCGCGGCCAUCACGGGGAAAGCUUGUGCUGAGCCUCUAGAACUUAUAACCAACCAACUAUCAUUCUCUGGGGCCGAACGGAGAAUCCGAAAGGCAGCGGCUGAGGCAGAGAGACAGCAAAGGGCAGCAACGGAGAGAGAAGAGAGACUCAAAAAAGGGAUACAUGGAAACAGGAUACCCCAUAUCUACUACGGAGUACACAUAUGGACGCCUCACUAA